CUCACACAGCAGAGGAGCAGCUGCGAGCCGCGAACCUCGAGAUUGGCCGCUUGCUGAGAAUGAAACCACCAUAUGAGCUCUGAUGGACACGGUUCUCGUCGCAACCUCUAUUACGACCAAAACACAUCUACCAUGCUCGACUAGGGACGGCCGGACCGGGACCAGCGAAUGGAACUCAACGACAAUGUCGUCGACUCGCCCGAAUCUCUCAAUCAGGCCCUGGUCAGAGGCAGAGGCAAAUCCUCCAAGGCCAAGCUCAAGAGUAUUCGCAGCCUUCGCCGGCGCCUCGUCGACGAGUUGUCGCGCCCGCUGCUGCGGAACCUGUACCCUUCUCGACCUUCCGAACGAGAUCCUCUUCGACAUCUUCAAGCGCGUUGAGCAAAACGACGGAUCUUGUUUCGAGCUAGCUUCAGGCUUCCGCCGCCCCCAUGCCGCCUGGAAACCUUCACAGGGUAUCAAGGCCCUCCGCCUCGCUUGCAGACAAACUUGCGACAUUAGCUCUCAGCUCCUCGUUCGCAUGGUCAUCUAAACUUCAGCCAGAAAUCGCUGACGCGCCUGAUUGAAAUCUCUCGCCACGCCACCAUUUCGAAGGGGGUGCGCGCUGUCAAAGUCCUCCUCCAUUUUUACAAAUCUUCGUCGAUCAACAAGGGAAAUUUCAUCUACUACUAUGCCAAAGAUGCCAAUAUGCAAAUCAACAUGUAAGUCAGGUGGGGGACUUUUGGAACACCCCUGCCUAUGGAACAGCCCCUGAAUCGGACCCCGCACAACACCACAAACUUCAAUU